GGUCCGGGGAAGCGGGAAAGGCAAGAUGGCGGCGCGAGCGGCGUUUGGGGCUUUGGGCAGGCGUCUAUGGCAGGGUUCGAGGAAUUUUUCUGUAAGCAAUUCUAGAAGCAGUACAGCCAAAAAUGGUGGCUUUCUUCUCAGCACCAAUAUGAAGUGGGUACAGUUUUCUAACCUACACGUUGAUGUUCCCAAGGAUUUGACCAAACCUACGAUAACCAUUUCUGAUGAACCAGACACGUUAUAUAAGCGCUUGUCAGUUUUAGUAAAAGGCCAUGAUAAGGCUGUAUUGGACAGUUAUGAAUAUUUUGCAGUGCUUGCUGCUAAAGAACUUGGUAUCUCUAUUAAAGUACAUGAACCUCCAAGGAAGAUAGAGCGAUUUACUCUUCUCAAAUCGGUGCAUAUUUUCAAGAAGCACAGAGUUCAGUAUGAAAUGAGAACACUUUACAGAUGUUUAGAGUUAGAACAUCUCACUGGAAGUACAGCGGAUGUCUACUUGGAAUAUAUUCAGCGAAACUUACCUGAAGGAGUUGCCAUGGAAGUUACAAAGACAAAAUUAGAACGGUUACCAGAACACAUCAAGAAGCCAAUCUGGGAAACAAUACCAGAGGAAAAAGAAGAAAGCAAGUCAUAAAGUCUCAGAGUGACCACUUGUGCCAGGAUGUGAAGUGAGCCUAUCAGGUGGAGGUUGGUUUCAGUGAAGAUGGUUUCAAGUCCACCUGACUGCUCUCCUGAGGCCACGUGGCCUGACCGGUGGAAAGCAGGGAUUGGAGCUUUUACGAUACACCAGACUAUUGUACAGGAACCACUUCAUCUAUUUCUGUAUACAUGUCAUUGUUUCAGUUCUGAUUUUAACAAAUGUGAGCAACCAUUUGGACCACUCUGUACCAAAAUAGUCAAAUUCAUAUUUUGUUAUUCCACUAUUGUUCAAUUAUUAGUUUGUACUGAUUGUGAUUUGUAUCAUUUCAUUUAUCUAAAGUGAGUGUUUCAAAUAUUCCUCACACACAUUUUUUUCUUUUGAGGUACCUAGGAGGAAAUUUUGGUUAGUUUAAUGCUGAGCAGUUAAAGUUUUUGAUAUUUACCUUAGUGUGGACUGGCAUAUGCUACUUUGGGGGUGGUGACGUCCAGGUUUUACCUCAUGUAAGCAUUACAUUCUUGAAAGUGCACAUACUUUGCAGCAGACCAAGCAUGUUUGUGACAUGCGCCGAACUCUUCUGUAGCCCGAACCCUUAUAGGGCUGCCUGGAAGGGUCAUGAUAAUGGAAUUUGAGGUCUUAAGAAAUUACUGUCUAUAUCAUUUCACUCAUCCUGUAAUUCAUUUAUUCAGUUAACUUUUCGUUUGUUAACUUUGCACCCAGCACUGUAGUAAAUACCAAAAAUUGAAUAGCAGUAACGGCUUUCAAAAAUUGUGCAAGGCACAAAUAAAUACUUUUCCUUAUUAAGUUC